AUGGACGUGAUGCAUGCGAUCUCGCACAAGACGGCGACGCUGAUCCCGUGCGAGAGCUGGCUGCCGCGCAACCACACGGUGCAGCAAGCGCGCGCGCUGUUCAUGGACUCCAAGUUCGACGUCAACGAGUCGCGCGACAUGUACGCCAACUACAUGGUUUUCCUGCUUGCCCGCGUGUGUCGGCUGGUUUACUCGGGCAGCCUCAAGCAGGACGAGUUCGAGGCCGAGUGGAUCGAGCUGUACACGGAGCUCGACCGCUGGUGGCAGGACCGCCCCGCCGAGAUGCACCCUGUCGUGAGCAUGUUCAAGGACGGCACGCCGUUCCCGAGCAUCCUGUUCUGCGUGGCCCCGGCCAUCUCGGGCACGCAGAUGUUCCACACCGCCAUGAUCUUGCUCAUAAAGUACAAGACGCGCGUGGUGCGCCCGCUGCCCACGCUCGCUGUCGACCCCGUCAUGCGCAAGAGCCUCAUCUGGCACGCUAAGUGCGUCGUCGGCAUCAGUUUGUCCAACUCGGACCACGGCUGCCUCAACAACGCGUUGCAGCCGCUCUGGGUCGCGGGCAAGCUCAUGAGCAGCAAGGAGGAGCAGCACAUCAUCGUCCAGCUGCUGCGCGACAUCGAGAACACCACCGGCUGGUCCACCAGCUGGCGCAUCCGCGACCUACAGGAACACUGGAGUUAUUAG